UCUGUCCAACCUUGAUUCUUGGAACGCGGGGCGGGCAACGGCUCCUGAGCAUCAUUCUGACCAGGGACAAAAUUCACUUCACCAGAUCAGCAAACACAGACUUCACACAACAAUCUCAUCUAACCAACAUGUACCUUUGGUUCCCAGGGUCUUUCUUUUGACGAUGCAGUAGCAUUUCAGAUUCCAUCCGCAACGAGGACCACAUCGUCUUGGCCUCUUCAACUGAAAUUUUCAUCCCCAGGACGAACCAUGGGGCUGACCACAGGGCAGAAGGAAGUCCUGAUUACCAUUGAGCGUACAACGGCAUCCAUAUCAGUUAUAUCUUCAGUCAUACUUAUCCUCACUUACCUCUCCUUUAAAGAUUUCCGAACCUUACCGAACACUAUUAUCUUUCUGGCCUCUCCUGCGAACCUCCUAGCUGGAGUAGCUGCUCUGAUCGGAGGCAGCGGCCUCGACAAUGUAGAUGGCACGACUUGUCAAGCGCAGGCAUUUCUAUUAGAAUGGUUCAUGCAAUCUGAUCCCUUCUGGUCUCUUGUUGCUGCUGUCACAGUAUUUCUGGUGUUUUUUCGACGUUGGGGUGCUGAACGAAUUACCAACUUGUACUGGGUGUACAUUCUUUUCUGUUACGGCAUUCCUGGGGUUGCGGCAUUUGUUUGCCUGCUCUACAAGAAGAAUGGACCUAUUUAUGGCAACGCAUCUCUUUGGUGCUGGAUCGACCAAGAGUAUCAUUGGGCUCGCAUCUACACAUACUAUGGACCAGUCUGGGGCUCCAUCGUAUUCUCCCUCUCGAUCUACGUGGCUGUUGGGAUCCGAGUAUACCAAACCCGCUCACAGUUGAACGAUGCUCGAAACCAUCCGUACUGCGGCACGGGCAGAUCUUCGACCAUCAGAUCACCAUCCUUACUGGAGCAAGCGACAGAAGUUCAAACUACAGAUAAAGCACCCACCAUCAAAUACCCGGAUGCUGUGUACAGUCCCACCUCCGCAACUUCGCCUCCUGCGACCCCUCCUUCCAACUACACGUCCACUUUGACCAGUACUCCUGUGCACUUAAUGCCACUACAUGUCAUCUUCAGGUUCAUGUCUCGAGCAGCAAUGCUGUCGGUGUCUGGACUUAGACAAGCUUGGAAGAAAUGGAAGAACAUGGACGAAGUGAAAUACAAAUACACCAAGUGCGCUGGUCUAUUCGCCAUUUCCAUCCUCGUAACGUGGGUCCCGGCAUCCUUCAACCGCAUAUAUGGCAUCAUCUAUCCUGACGGUAGAUACGUGUAUGCUCUGAACAUUGCUUCCGCUCUUGUACUUCCGCUGCAAGGAUUUUGGAAUGCGGUGAUUUUCUUCUCGACGAGUGUGGGGAUUGUGAAGAUGGUGUGGGGGGACGUGAGGGCUUGCAGAAGGUUGGUCUUGGUUGGGAAGAUGCUUGGGUGGGGGAGCAAUGUGCAGGAAAUCAACGUGCCUCUAGCUGAGCGAAGGAAUUCGAUUGUGGGAAUGGGUAGAAGUAAUGAUAGUCAGACUAGACUUCGAGCUAGCACGAGGUUGGAUGAUGAGAGUUUAUUGGAUUCUUUGUGACUUCAUGAUUAGGAGAGGAAUUUAGGCUAGCGGGGUGUUUGGGUGCUGAAAAGGAUAUGCCUUGAAAUUUAUUUGA